CAUGCUAUACAUUCUAUAUCUUGCAGUUUGCUUAUAAAGCAGAGCUAGAGGCACACCUGCCUACCAGGACCAGGGCGAUGGCUGGGCGUGAGCUCCUGCUGCGUGAGAACAGGCUGUAAAUUCAUCCCGCAGACAGCAGGUCGGUGCGAGCCGAGGGAACAGCCUGCAGAAAGGGGCGACUAUUUUCUCUUUUCUCUCUUUUUCUUUCUUUCGAUUUGCCCUUAAGCAGCCGUCCCAUCGGUUCGCACUCAGGUACCCUCUUACAGCGGCCGGUACCGAGAGCCGGGGCUGCUGGAGGCGGCGGCGGGCGCACCUCCCACCCCGUCGGGGCGCGGCCUCCAAGGCGCAGCCGCUCCGCGCAGCGUCCGCACCGCGUCCGCACCCCGCGCAGCAGCGCAGCAUGGAGCGCCGGGUCGCCCGCGAGUUCCGGCACAAGGUUAAUCUGCUAAUUGACAAUGAAGCGGAGAAGGACUACCUUUAUGAUGUGCUGCGGAUGUACCACCAAUCUAUGAACCUCCCAGUGCUUGUGGGUGACCUAAAACUUGUGAUUAAUGAACCAAGCAGGCUGCCUCUGUUCGAUGCUAUCCGCCCACUUAUUCCAUUAAAACACCAGGUGGAGUAUGAUCAGCUUACACCCAAAAGAUCGAGAAAACUGAAGGAAGUGAGAUUGGAUCGUUUGCACCCUGAAGGACUGGGAAUAAGUGUGAGAGGUGGAGCGGAAUUUAGCUGUGGCCUCUUUAUUUCCCAGUUAGUUAAAGGAGGACAAGCAGACAAUGUUGGACUGCAGGUUGGGGAUGAGAUAGUUCGUAUAAAUGGAUAUUCCAUCUCAUCAUGCACACACGAGGAAGUCAUAAACCUCAUUCGCACAAAGAAAAUAGUGUCCAUAAAAGUGAGACAUGUUGGAAUGAUACCAGUCAAAAGUUCAGCAGAUGAACCCCUUAAAUGGCAAUAUGUGGAUCAGUUUGUGUCAGAUUCUGGGGGCAGUGUGGCUGGUCUUGCUUCUUCUGGAGGAAGAGACAGUAGAGAGAAAAAAGUCUUCAUUAGCUUGAUUGGCACAAAAGGCAUGGGAUGCAGUAUUUCCAGUGGUCCAACACAAAAACCAGGCAUUUUUGUCAGUAAUGUUAAGCCGGGUUCUCUCUCAGCGGAAGUGGGCUUAGAGGUUGGUGAUCAGAUUGUUGAGGUGAAUGGAGUGGACUUUUCAAAUGUGGAUCAUAAAGAGGCUGUCAGAGUGCUCAAAAGUAGCCGUACUUUGACUAUCUCUGUAGUGGCAGGCGCUGGAAAGGAACUAUUCAUGACUGAAGAAGAGAGACAGAGAGAAGCACAUCUUCGUGAGCAGGAACGCCAGGAGUUAAUGCAUCAGAAGCGACUUGCACUGGAGACUAACAAAAUCAUCAAAGAGCAGCAAGAGAAAGAGAGAUUAAGAAAAAUGGAAAUCUCCCAGAAGGCUGCAGAGGAAGAAGAGAGAUACCGCAGAGAAAUUGAGCAGAUAACAGCAGAGGAAGAGAAAUUUAAAAAGGAGUGGGAAGAAGACUGGGGGCCUAAAGAGCCUCCCAAACCUCUAAAAACUGUAACUGCAGAAGUGCACUCUGCUCCUCGUUCUAAACACAAAACUUUUGGAUGGUUUUAUCGGUAUGAAGGAAAAUUUCCCACAAUCCGCAAGAAAGGAAAGGAGAGAAAGAAGUCAAAAAGUGACAGUUUCUGUGAACAGAAGAAGAAUAAAAAGGAAAUGGAAUUUGAGCAAAGACUUGCCAAAGAGAAAGAAGGAAUGCUGGAGAAAGAAAAACAACUGAAAAUAAAUCGUCUUGUGCAGGAGGUAUCUGAAACAGAACGUGAAGAUCUGGAAGAAUCAGAAAAAGUGCAGCAUUGGGUGGAAAGACUUUGUCAGACACGGUUAGAACAGAUUUCCUCUGUGGAAAAUGAAUCUCCUGAGUUGGCAAGUGGACGUCCUUCCGCUUCUUCCUCUGCCACAUCAGUGAGGCGGUUUGCCGGUGGCUUACAGCUUCAUACCACAGAUCUUGAUGAUAUAAACUUAGAUGAAGUUGAGAAACAUGUGGCACCACUUCCACCACCACCACCACCACCACUUACUGUUACUCCAGUGUCAUCAGCUCAUCCACUUCCUGUAUUGAAUGUUCCACUUUCCAAAGGUCCAGUCCUAACAGUAUCACCAGCUUCCCAGGUGACUUCAUUAUCUGUUUGGAUGCAUGUGCCUCUACCAUUCCCCUGCUUGGCCUCUCUCCCUGGUUCCAUUACCCACUUCAUCUAUUGGAUCUGCUAUUAUUCACUGCCAGAUGUCUUUGAGCAAAAGCAAUUUGCUCCAAGUCCACCUACCCAACGACAUCCAGGGGUACCAAUAAUCUCUAAACCAGUCAUGCUCCAUCCUGACCCAAACCUUACGGUCAGGCCAACUAUCAAAUCAGAGGCCCUGCCACAAGAGAUGUUUAAAAGGAUGGUGGUUUACAAUUCAUCAUUUAGAUCUAACAAAAAACAAGGCUUCCAGAAAUAUGUGGAAGACUUUGAUCCACAUUCAAUGUUUACUCCAGAGCAGAUCGUGGGAAAGGACGUACGCCUCUUACGCAUUAGAAAGGAAGGAUCACUAGACCUUGCAGUCGAGGGAGGAAUUGAUUCUCCUGUUGGAAAGAUAGUUGUAUCUGCAAUCUAUGAGGGUGGUGCUGCAGACAAACAUGGAGGCAUAGUGAAAGGGGAUGAAAUACUGGCUGUAAAUGGCAAGAUAGUAAUUGACUGCAGGCUGGCAGAAGCACAAGCAACUCUGGCAAAUGCUUGGAACAUGGGUGGGGAUUGGAUUGACUUAGUCAUUGCAGUGUCACCUCCAAAGGAAUAUGAUGAUGAAAUCCCUACAAUCCCCACCUCAACAGUCAGUCCCAACACACACAGAAAGGUUUUUGAAGGCAGUGCACCUGUGUACAGACAAGGGUAUCUCCUGCAGCUGUAGAUACUGCAGUGUUCCCUCAUGGUGAAUAGCCAGACCUGGGUUAACAUGACUGUCCAUUUUGAGGCCGCUUUAUAUUUCAAGCAUGUGCCUGCUUGUGCAUUGCAUGCUACGCUCCAUUUUGUUUCUGCCACGCUGGAGUGUUCUUUGGGCUUUUGCCAUGCCUAUCCUACUAAAAAAAAUGAGUAUUUGUAAUGUCCUUUGGAGAUCCUCUACAGAAUUGGUUCAUCAUCUGCCAGACUAUAAAAUAAAUAAGCUCUGCCUAAAUGAUUAGUAUUAAUUUAAUGUUUUUUUCCUCAUCUGUGGACCACUGCUGUGGCUUUGUGAAUUCCUUUCUGUAUCAAUAUUUCUUUGU